AAAAAAGAAACGUAACAACAAGGCGCUAAGUUCUAGAAUCACCACUACACCUGCCUUUUCUGAAAACAAAACAUAUUUUUGUUUUUAUUGUUUGCUGCUGGUGAUUGUUAAUAAUAAAUAAUAGAGAAGUAGCAUCAAAUUCUGCAAGGUAAAAGUCCCCCAACUAAUGGGGGAUCUUGAAAGGAAAAAUGAAAUCCUCUACCCUGCUUUAAUGGCUUUUCUCUCCAAAGUUUAUGCAUCGAAUGCUUCUCUUUUUAAUCUAAAUUUAUGGGUUUGUUUUGUCUUAGUUUAAGGUUUGGAGAGUGAAAUUUGAUUGUUCUCCGUCGCUUCACAUCUUGACCUUACUUGAUUUCCCAGAGAAAAACUUACGAUAUAAAAGGUAAUUAAUCCAUGGCGGAAGAAAAUGAACUGGAGAGUAAAGAUGAUCUCGAUGAUUUGUGCAAAAAUGAUUAUCAUCCUGGUAAGCCAGACGAGACUUCUGCUUGUCCACAACCUCAAGAGAUGAAGAAGCAAAAAACAGAUGGAAAUUCUUCCAAAGUAGACACAGUUGGCAGUUCCUCUAGUUUGGUACCUCAGGAUGCAGAUUACAUUCCCUCACUCAGUUACGAGUUAGAGCCUCUGAUUUUGGCAAGGGUUCCGAGAUCAGAGUACUUGAAAUUUUCUUUUGUAAACCAAGACUUUAAACAACUUUUGGAGAGUGGUGAUAUCUAUAAGAUUAGGAGAGCAAUUGGAGUUAGAGAAUCAUCUGUUUUUAUGCUGGCAAGUGGAGACAGCAGGUGGUGGGUAUUUGAUAGGCAAUUCAAGUCUCAUAGAAAACUUCCAGAUAUACCAUCAGACCCUUGUUUUUCUUUAGGGGACAAGGAGUCCCUUUGUGCAGGUUCUCAUCUGAUUGUCUCAGGCAAGGAGAUUGAAGGUGUUGUUGUUUGGAGGUAUGAAUAUGAAACAAAUAGUUGGAAAAAGGGUCCUUCCAUGAUCACUCCUCGGUGUCUGUUUGCAUCUGCUUCUUGUGGUAGCCUUGCUUUUGUAGCUGGUGGGAUUGGGAUGGGCUCCACUAUGGAGGUCUUGAAUUCUGCCGAGAAGUAUAAUCCAGAUAAUAAGUCGUGGGUCUCUCUUCCAAGGAUGAAUCAGCCCAGGAAACUUUGCUCAGGCUGCUUCAUGGAUAAUAAAUUCUACGUGAUUGGAGGACAAGAUGAGGAGGGGAACAAUAUCACCUACGGAGAAGCCUUCGAUGUAGAAAGAGGGGCAUGGGAAUUGAUUGACGACAUGUUGAAAGACACUCCCUUUGCGACGUUUCAAUCUCCACCUCUUGUGGCAGUCGUCAACAAUGAGCUGUACUCACUCGAAACAUUUUCAAAUGAGCUGAGAGUAUACUUGAAGAAAAGCAACAAAUGGAAAAUGUUAGGACCAGUUCCAGUACGAGCUGAUUUUAAUAGAGGUUGGGGCGUGGCAUUCAAGUCCCUGGGGGACGAGCUGCUCGUAAUAGGUUCAUCAAUGGCUUCCUCAAGCGAAGGCAUGGCUAUAUACACUUGCUGCCCCAAUGCCGAUGGUAGGGAGUUGAAAUGGAAGCCUCUGGAUUGCGGCAAGAACCAGCUUAGUCACUUCAUUCUCAAUUGUUCUGUUAUGUCUGCUUGAAUUUUUAUCUUUCCUAAUAAACAAGUUUAUGCAGAGUUGUUUGAUAAAUCACAUUUCGAAACGCCUUGGAAAGGCUAGAUGAUUUGGUUUAUGUUUUCAUUAUUUACAUUGGUACAAGGAAAUCCAUAUGAAAGCUAUACUAUGCUGGAACUGGAAAUACAGCUGUAUUGUUCUGAAGAUUGGCGAUUGUAUAGUUUGUGUUUUCUGUAUGCUCUUCUGCUA